GAGCGCCGAGAGCGUCGAUCGAGACUGCGGUGGGCGUCGCCAUGUCGCUGCUGCCCGGGAGCUGCCGAGGCGCCUCCGCUACCACAGCCCGGCGGCUGCUGCUGCUAUUGGGGCCUCACGCACGGGUGUCAGAGAACCACUUGUGUAACCAGUAUGGAACAUCGAGUUCUUUGCGUGAGGAGACAAAAAAGAUUCUCCAAACUGGACCAGACUUAGAAGACUUUGUAUCAGGAGAUUUGGCAGACAAGAGUGUGUGGGCUGAUUAUAAAGGCAAUUUAAAGCGUCAGAAAGGAGAAAGGCUACGACUUCCUCCAUGGCUGAAAACAGAGAUUCCCAUGGGCAAGAAUUACAAUAAACUGAAAAAUACCUUGAGAAGUUUAAAUCUGCACACGGUAUGUGAGGAAGCACGUUGUCCGAACAUUGGGGAAUGCUGGGGAGGUGGUGAAUAUGCUACAGCUACAGCUACUAUUAUGCUGAUGGGUGACACGUGCACUAGAGGUUGCAGAUUUUGUUCAGUAAAGACAGCAAAAAACCCACCUCCACUGGAUCCCGAGGAGCCUUACAACACAGCAAAAGCUAUUGCUGAGUGGGGCUUGGAUUACGUUGUACUGACAUCCGUGGACAGAGAUGAUAUGCCUGAUGGUGGAGCAGAACACUUUGCAAAGACGGUCUCCCAUCUGAAAGAAAGGAACUCAAAAAUAGUUGUAGAAUGCCUUACCCCCGAUUUCCGAGGGGACCUGAACGCUGUGGAGAAGGUAGCACUGUCAGGGCUGGAUGUGUACGCCCACAACGUGGAGACGGUUCCGGAAUUACAGAGGAAAGUCCGCGAUCCCCGAGCCAACUUCGAGCAGUCCGUCCGUGUGCUGAAGCACGCCAAGGCGGUGCAGCCCCGCGUCAUCUCCAAAACCUCCCUCAUGCUGGGGCUGGGCGAGACGGACGAACAGGUGCUUGCAACGAUGAAGUUGUUGCGUGAAGCAGGUGUAGAUUGUUUGACUCUAGGACAAUACAUGCAACCAACAAAACGUCACCUAAAGGUUGAGGAGUACGUAACGCCUGAAAAAUUCAAAUACUGGGAAAAAGUAGGAAACGAUCUUGGAUUCCAUUACACAGCCAGUGGGCCUCUAGUGCGUUCCUCCUAUAAAGCAGGUGAAUUCUUCUUGAAGAACUUGGUGGAAAAAAGAAAGACGAAAGUCAUCUGAAAAUGAGCGUGAGCCUAUUUAAAGCAGCCAGUUCUAAGGAUCCUUUUUCAGCACAUAAUUAUACCCAGUUCCAGAAAUACAGAAGAGCAGAUGGCGGAGGCACGAAUAAACUUACUAUCCUUCCAGAACAUUUUACUCUUACCAAAACACUUAACGUUAUUGUACCUAACUCUUCCUUGCAAUGCUACAACUAUGUGGUCCUUCCAGCAUCAAGUAGUAAGUCAGAAGACAGAACUGAUUUUGAAAGAGCAAAGCAACUGAGCUAAGCUGAAAAAUAAUCAGAGGUUUAAGUAAACAGAUUUGAUACUACCAUCAGCGUUGCUGCAAUUAGAUACUGAUUAAGGUGCCAAUUAUAGGUAUUUUGAAAGGCAGUGAGAUCUUGCUGUGUCUUACCAUUACCAUGUAACACAAGCUUGCAGGGACCGUGGGAAAUAAAGGAAUUAUAAAAAAGCUUAUGUGACAAAGGACCACGUUAGGAUUAUUUUGAACCACACCAGAGGAGUACUGUUAAUACUUGUUUAAGACAUUAUGUCUUUUGCCUGCAUCUUAAGAAAAUUAACUGCUAUUCGGAGAGCUAAUGCUCUGCAGGUGUCUCAAAGGGUGAGUCUCAGCAAGGUGGUGAGGUGAAGAAAACAAGAACUCUUUGUUGUAAGAUAGUUAAUUUUGUAUAGAUAGCUAUUUAAAACAUUAGGAAAGUCAUGACUGCCAUAGCAGCAGAAAGAGAGCCACCUUCAGCUUGGGUAUGUGUGUGACUGUACCAAAUGUACCAAACCCCUCUGCUUUGUACAGAUGCUGCUCCAGCACUGAGUGUUGAGAUUUGUGCAUAUCCUGUACUGUAAUUCUACUCUGUUAUUGCCUGGGGAUUAAAGUUCUGUACCCCACCUAAGGGUGUGGAGGUUGCAUUUGGUCUGGGUACUUGCCCUAGGAGAUUUGAUCUGAGUGUUUACUCUUCUGCAUUCAGAUUUAACUGCACUGUGGCUGAAAUCUAAAGUCUCUUAUGUACUGUACUAAGCUCAGGUAGAAAUAAAAGGGUGGCAUAUGGUACCGUA